AUGGAGGAACAUGCAAUUAGAACUGAUAUUUUCCAAUAUGAUAAAGCUUUUCUUGCCUACAAGAGUUGCAACAAUGAUCAUGAGAGAUUGUCUCGAUUAAAUCAUACUUUCUUAAAACAACUUCAAGAUUUAGGCUUGUUCUAUCGUCAGGAUCAAGUUACUCUAGUUGGCGAUAUCGGCUGUGGAGAUGGAGAAGCUACCAUUACUUACUUAAAUAAUAUUGAAUUUAAAGGAGGAUUAGAUAUUAGAGCAAUGGAUAAGCUUGCCCAAUUCGCCGGUACACAUCAGUCUUCAGUGAAGAAUGCCACUUCAGAAGGAGAAAAAGGACUAGCUAACGAAACUUUCUCGAAAGCUAAACAAUCACAGGUGAUCCCGUUAAAGAAUUACCAAGUAAACUUUGGCGAUAUGUUGGAAGUUGAUGUCGCACACCUGUUGUAUACAGAUGAAGAGAUCAAAGAAUCAAUGAAUCGAUUUAAUCUUGUCUAUCUCUCUCACUCGGUCUACUACGCACGCGAUCAACAUAAAAAUGGCCGAUACGGUGUUACUAAUCUUCUAGACAGUGUUGCUACUGAUUUAUUGGCAGAUGAUGGUGUAGCAAUACUAUUCCAUGCCGGUCUUGAAUUUGAUACAGUCACCUCAAUUAGCUAUUAUACUAGAAGCCUAAUUCAAGAUAUUGUUCCAACUGAGGAAGAAUGCAACAGAAUAUCUGCUACUCACAUUAUCAGCAAUUCUUCCCGUGAAUUAGGGUUAACCUAUUUUGAGAUACCGUACAAGUUCGAGCUGUACUUUUCUAAGGAUUGUAAAAAAUACGCUGAUGUAUUUAAGGAUCCUAGCAGAUAUCACGAAUUACAGAAUGAUCCUGCAGCAUUACAAGACUUGUAUAAAAUCAUAUUUAUUGCCCAUCGCUCACCAGAUGAUCUCUAUACAGAUCAUUCUUCUCGUGGACUAAACAAUUUAGUGGAUAAAGUACUAGAUUGUAUUAAGAGAAAUGAUAGUAUAACUCUAUCUGCAAGUAUGCAAGUCAUCCUAAGUAGAAAAGCAAGCGACGAAUUUAAGCAGAAGAUAGAAACAGCUGUUAAACAAUGCCAGAAUAAAUUUGGUGACUAA